GAGCCACGAGGCGCCGGAAGUGGACCACAGAGCACGAAGUCCGCGUUGAGCCCCCUGCGUCGGAAGUGAGCGGUGCGCGCCGGAAGCAGCGGAGGCGACCUCGUGGAGGAGCAGGCAGCAUGGGGCAGUCGGGGCGGUCCCGGCACCAGAAGCGCGCUCGCGCCCAGGCCCAGCUCCGCAACCUCGAGGCCUACGCCGCGCAGCCGCACUCGUUCGUGUUCACGCGAGGCCGGGCGGGUCGCAGCGUCCAGCAACUCAGCCUGGAUGUGCGGCGCGUCAUGGAGCCGCUCACCGCCACCCGCCUGCAGGUUCGGAAGAAGAACUCACUGAAGGACUGUGUGGCAGUGGCCGGCCCCCUCGGUGUCACACACUUCCUUAUCUUGAGCAAAACGGACAGCAGCGUCUAUUUGAAGCUGAUGCGCCUCCCGGGAGGCCCCACUUUGACCUUCCAGGUCAACAAGUACACACUGGUCAAGGAUGUGGUCUCUUCCCUGCGCCGACACCGGAUGCAUGAGCAGCAGUUUAACCAUCCGCCCCUCCUGGUGCUCAACAGCUUCAACCCCCAGGGCAUGCACGUCAAGCUCAUGGCCACCAUGUUCCAGAACCUGUUCCCGUCCAUCAACGUGCACACGGUGAACCUGAACACCAUUAAGCGCUGCCUCCUCAUUAACUACAACCCGGACUCCCAGGAGCUGGACUUCCGGCACUACAGCAUCAAAGUGGUGCCCGUGGGUGCCAGCCGCGGCAUGAAGAAGCUCCUGCAGGAGAAGUUUCCCAACAUGAGCCGCCUGCAGGACAUCAGCGAGCUGCUGGCCACGGGUGCGGGGCUGUCAGAGAGCGAGGCGGAGCCAGAUGGCGAGCACAACAUCACAGAGCUGCCCCAGGCUGUGGCUGGCCGAGGCAACAUGCAGGCCCAGCAGAGUGCCAUCAGACUUACUGAGAUUGGGCCCCGGAUGACCCUGCAGCUCAUUAAGAUCCAGGAAGGUGUUGGGAAUGGCAAUGUGCUCUUCCACAGUUUUGUGCACAAGACUGAGGAGGAACUGCAGGCCAUCUUGGCAGCAAAGGAGGAGAAACUGCGGCUCAAGGCCCAGCGUCAGAACCAGCAGACUGAGAACUUACAACGCAAGCGGGAACUUCGAGAAGCCCACAAGAAGAAGAGCUUGGCAGGCAUGAAGCGAGCCCGUACGGGGGUCGAUGGUGACAGUGACGCUGAGGACCCUGGGGCACCUCCAGAGGCAGUGGGGGCCGGGCCGCUUGAGGAGGAGGAGGAUGACGCCGAAUACUUUCGCCAGGCCGUGGGCGAGGAGCCUGAUGAAGAUAUGUUCCCUAGAGUGGCCAAGCGGAGACGGCAGGGAGGCCCUCCAGGCAAGAAGCGGAGAAAGUGGGAGGUCGAUAGGGGUAACAAGUCCUGCCAGGCAAAGUUUGUGGAAGCUGCUGACAAGAUGUACAGGAGCUUUCAGGAGGACUACCUCUGGGCCAUCCUGAUGGCAGAGUUCCUGGUGGCAGUGCUGGGCAAUGGCCUGGCCCUGUACCGCCUUAUCACCCAAGAGCAGAGACCCUGGCAUCCGGCUGUGGUCUUCUCUGUACAGCUGGCGGUCAGCAACCUAUGCUAUGCACUCACACUACCUCCUCUGGCUGCCUACUUCUACCCACCCAAAAACUGGAGCUUUGGGGAGGUGGCCUGCCGCCUGGAGCGCUUUGUCUUUACCUGCAACCUGCUGGGCGGCAUCAUCUUCAUCACCUGCAUCAGCCUCAGCCGGUAUAUGGUGGUUGUGCAUCCUUUCUUUACGCGGAGACACCUGCGGCCCAAGCACGCCUGGGCUGCCAGUGCGGCCAGCUGGGCCAUGGCCAUCCUGCUGGCUGCCCCCAUGCUCGGCUUCUCCCAUCAGAAUCGGCUCCGUGAAGGACUUGGACCAUGCAGUGCAUUUAACCAUGAGGCCUGUAUCAAGUGCCUGGGGAUGAUGGAGGACAGCCAGCUAGAAACCUUCAGAACCUACAGCCUGGUGCUGGCGUGUCUGGGUGGCGUCCUGCCGCUGCUGCUCACCCUGAUGGCUUACAGUGCCCUAGGGUUGGUGGUGCUGCGCAGCCCAAGCAUGACUGCAGCCCAGAAACUGCGUGUGGUAGUGCUGGUCACGAGCGGUGUGGUUCUCUACGCCUGCUCCUACGCUCCCUACCACAUCACCCAAGUGCUGCACGUGAACGCCAUGCUGCGCUGGAUGGAGCGCUGCCCCAGCUUCAGCAGUGAGUCAGAGGCUGUGGCAGCGCUAAGCCCCAGGGCCUUCUUUGUGUACCAGACAACACGCAUCCUUGUGCCCCUGGCCACAUGCAUACACCCCCUGCUCUACAUGGCUGUGGCACCCAGCCUGAACUGCCACCCAUGCCACGGGAACCCUGAGGAGCAGAGCCCUUGCCAAGACCUGCCUUUAGCCAGCGCAGCCACAUCCCUAAGCCAGCUGAGCCCUGAAGCCUCCUCCUCAAAGGCUGGGUUGUGACCACAGCCCUGAAGUGCUCAAAGUCCCCCAGCUACCCCUCCCCUCACCAGGGACCAGCACCCCUUACCCCCACCUCCCAAGAACAGAGACCCAUGAGAACAAGCAA